AUGGCGGAGACCAAAUCGAUCACAGACAUCCCGUCGAGUCCGAGAAAGAGCCUCGAUGCUGCUGCGCCGGAGAAGAGCUUCGAUGCGGACGAGGCUCGUCUGGCCCAGAUGGGCCACACGCAGGAGCUGAAGCGUCACUUCAGCACGCUCAGUCUCAUUGGCCUCGCGUCGACGACGACCAUCUCCUGGACCGGUCUGGGUCUCGGCCUCAUCACCGAGAUCAACGCCGGCGGCCCGGGCGCCGUCAUCUACGGCUUCAUCCUCGUCACGCUGCUGCAGUGUUUCCUCGGCGCGUCGCUGGCCGAGUUCGUGUCGUCCUAUCCGACCGAGGGCGGCAUGUACCACUGGAUCGCCGCCGUGGCGCCCAAGAAGCUGACCGGCGUGCUGAGCUUCUUCACCGGCUGGUUCAGCGUGCUCGGCUGGAUCUUCACAACCGCCUCGACGAAUCUGAUCUACGCCCAGAUCCUCAUGGCCAUGAUCGCCGUCUACCACGGCGACCUCGAGAUCCAGGCGUGGCAGACCUUCAUCGUCUACCAGGGCUUGAACCUCAUCACGGCCGCCAUCGUCAUGUACGGCAACAAGAUCAUCCCCGGGCUGAACAAGUUCUCCCUCUUUUACCUGCAGAUCGGCUGGUUCGUCGUCAUGGUCACCGUGGCCGCGUGCGCGCCCACCCACCGCAACGCCGACUUCGUCUUCCGCACCUGGAUCAACAACACGGGCUGGGAGAACCAGGUGAUCUGCUUCAUCACGGGCCUGGUCAACCCGCUCUACAGCCUUGGCGGGCUCGACGGUGUCACGCACAUCACCGAGGAGAUGCCCAAUCCGUCGAGGAAUGCGCCCCUCGCCAUUGCCAUCACGCUCGGUAUCGCCUUCGUUACUGGCCUCACCUACUUGGUUACCCUCAUGUUCUCCAUCCAGGACUUUGACGCCCUUUCCACGACCAACACCGGCCUGCCGCUUGCAGAGCUCUUCCGCCAGGUCACGCAGAGCGCCGGUGGAGCGUUCGGUUUGACCUUCAUCCUCUUCAUCGCCCUGGGCCCCUGCGUCGUCAGCUCCCAGCUGAGCACCGGAAGAGUCUUUUGGGCCUUCUCCCGAGACGGCGCUAUGCCCUUCUCCAAAGUAUGGUCAAAAGUCCACCCCAAGUGGCAGAUUCCCAUCAACUCCCAAAUGGCCGUCACCGCCAUCGUGGCGGCGCUCGGAUGCCUCUACCUCGGCUCCUCGACGGCCUUCAACUCCCUCCUCGGCACCGCCGUCACCAUCAACAACAUCUCCUACAUGUUCCCCAUCCUCACCAAUCUCCUCACCGGGCGCAGGAACAUGCACCGCGGCGUUUUCAACAUGGGCCCCACCCUGGGGCCCAUCGUGAACGGCAUCACGGUGUGCUGGCUGACGUUUGCUAUUGUCUUCUUCUCCUUCCCCUAUGUCAUGCCCGUCGAGCCCGCCAACAUGAACUACACCUGCGUUGUUGUCGGCGGACUCGCUAUUUUGGUUGGUGCGUGGUGGUUCAAGGCCGGCUCGAAAUACAGCGAGAAGAUGCUCCAGGCGAAGGAGGAGUAG